GCUGAAGCAUUAGAGAAUGAGAGAUAAGGACACAGAGGGGGGAUGAUAAACAGCAAUUAUUUUCCUACCAAUUUAGAUUUUGAAAAUGCUGUGCAGGAUUGAAAUGCUAUUAAAAAAGGCGGAGAUAGUACAGUAUGAGCAAUCAUCAAGCGCAACACACACAGCUUUAAUAUAUUUCAUUUUGAGUAUAGGGCUCUUGGUAUGGUAGGCAAUGUAGUAUGCCAAUGAACUUGCUGCUUUUAACAUCCAACCUUGUGCUUUCCAGCCCCUCUGGGUACUGCAAACUCAACCUGCCUUCCUUUAUUUGUCUCUUUUAUCAAGUUAAGAAUUAUAUAGGAGCUAAAUUAAAUUUAGCAAGGUCAAUUAAAACACAAUGACUGGAUUAUAAAGCGAGAGUGCACCCUUUUAGGCCUCGGUCCAUCCUAUAUCACAUGAUGGCAUUUAAAACAAAUAGUAUCUGAUUGGCCUGGAGGCCCUGAGGGGGCCAUGUUCCCACACUAUAUGUCACUGAAUAUAUUUAUUGUUAGCUGUGCACUGCAGUUCUGGAGUGCUGGUAAAGACAAAUCCAGCUGAAACAACUUUAUUUUUGAUGUUAAAGCAUCGUCAGUGGUUUCCAAGAGUGUUGUCAAGCCUUAGGGGGUUUUAAAUUCAUGUAUAUUUGCAAAGUUGCAACACUGCAGCAGAUUAUUGCUUUUUCUAUGUGAUAAGUGAAUUAGUGAAAUAAUAAAGUUAUAUUAACCUCUUUUUUUUGCCAUAGAUAACAUACAUUCUCGUGUUUCCAUAGUCACUGUAGAAGAGAUGACCUUAGUGUGUCUGCUUGAGGUCAUUUUAAACUGGAGGCUAUGUUAGCACAUUGUUUCGUAAGAGUUUCAUCCAUUUUUUCAUUACUUUAAGCCAUUGCAAUCAUUAUUCUACAGUGGCCAAGCUGUUAAAAAACUUUAUAUUCAAAACUCUUGCAAAUUUGAUAAACACAAGUACAUUACUGCAAAAAACAAAUGCAAAAGCCGUACAUCGAAAAUGACUCAAAACUCAAAAUUUCUGUCUGUUGACAUUUAUCCAUUGUGUUUAGCAACCUACCAUAAAUUAGCUUCAACAGGCUGUACCUAUGUCUCCAUCUAUAGGUACAGCUGAGGCUGCAUUCAUCUGUUUGACUUACGUUAGCUACCUGACAUAAUGCUAAUGUUAUUGCAUAACUAGCUUCGUAAUAGCCUAACAUUGGAGCACGUAAAUAUUAAAAUAUAAAGGUACUGACCAACAUAGGGUUGGGUUCCGAACCCCGGGGUGGGGGAUGCUCUCCCUGUGUCAGUGAGGGUUUUCUCCAGGUACUCCAGCUUCCUCCCACAGUACAAAGACAUGCAGGUUAAUUGGUGACUAAAUUGUCCGUAGGUGUGAAUGUGAGCGUGAAUGGUUGUCUGUCUCUAUGUUUCAGCCCUGUGAUAGUCUGGUGACCUGUCCAGGGUGUACCCACCCCUCGCCCAGUGUCAGCUGGGAUAGGCUCCAGCACCCCCACAACCCUUAACAGGGUAAGCGGUUACAGAAAAUGAAUGAAUGAAUGAUUGAACAACAUGGCUCAUAUGUGUCAAUCAUGCAGGCCUAGGAAUCAUAGUUAGCUAGCAAACAAUGUUUCAUUAAUUCUGAACGGGCAAGUUUCAUUGUCAGCAUCCCUUGACGCUCACUUCCAUUGUUGCUUUUGCAUUUGUGCUACCAGUUAAAGUGCUUGUGGCUUUCAAAUAUGCAAAAGCAUUUUGGAUAUGCAGUUUGUUCGAGACACCUCUGCCACCGUAUUUGUUCAUUACCGUUAGCUGUCUGUUUAAAAAGAUUUUACAACCUCUUAAUGAACUGCAGAAUUAGGCUACAAGUACUCCUGGUUUGAAAUCAGUGGUAUAGAUCCUCUUGCUACUGUAACACUGGCAGGAAGAUAGAUAACUAGAUGGAGGGCAAAGUUGCAGCUCUCUAAAUUUAGUCACCCCUCCGCUCGUGGACUACAUACCAAUGACAACAGUCAGGCUGACACCCACCCACUCAUUCAGUCACUCAGUCAGUCAGCCGGGUCAGGCUGCAGCCCCCUGCGCCCACCCUCCCCACGACAAACUCCACUGCUGGGGAGCGCGAGCACCCACACGGGUCGUACUACUCAGCCUGACCCUCUCGCCUCUCACCUUUCUGACUUCCUGCUCUGAGGAGACAGGCACAAUUUGAGACUCCGCCCUGAGGGUCCUUCAGGACAGGUUGUACUGAUGUGCUUUGUCUCCUGUGACUUUUCGCCUCACCCCCGACUCCCCAGGGGCAGACAUGUCACAGUUCUCCACCAUGACGACCAGGGAGAGGAAAAUGCAGGCUGCAGCAAUCUGCAGGGAGGUUCUAGGCCAAGAAGAUGCAGAAAUGGAUCUGGGGAAGAAAGUGAACGCUCCUAAGGACAUCAUGCUGGAGGAGCUGUCUCUUGCCUCAAACCGGGGUUCCCGUCUCUUCAAAAUGCGCCAGAGACGCUCAGAAAAAUACACCUUUGAGAGCAUUCAGAAUAAAAACAAUGAGCAGCUCAAUAACACAAAUGUUUCUCAAACUGAGAAUGGGGACGCCACGGACGGCCACAGCGGCGAGAACAACGUGGAUGUCGACCAAACACCUACUGUGGUGUCUGACGCACCAGACACAAGCACAGUGCCAAAUCCAGACAGCAUUGCCCCAGGGUACGGAGCUCCUUUGAAAGACGUCCCUCCAGAGAAGUUCAACCUCACAGCUGUGCCAAAGUCCUACCACUCGCCUUGGCAGCAGGCCAUCAUCAAUGACCCGACCCUGGCUGACACUCUCAUCACCCAUAUGCCCGAACCGGAGCCCCGACCAGACCUGCCAGGGUACAAAAGUUUCAACAGGGUGGCGACCCCAUUCGGUGGUUUCAGCAAGGCACCCAGACCUGCUCCCGUGAAGCCCCUCCUGGUGGAACCCCUCCCCGACUACCCUGAGCUCCAAGGGGACGCUGUGGUGGAUCGACCCUCCUUCAACAGAUCUGCUCUGGGGUGGGUGUCAGCAGGCGGUCCAGUCCCACUCCCUGCUGUUUCCCUUGAGCCUGUGCUCCCUGAGUCAGAGGACCUUUGAACCCGUAAUGAGGUCACACAGAGAUGCUGUCAACUUAGUUGCGGCACCAGAGGUUAAUGGUGGACUAGGGGAACGUUUCGGUCAGAACAGAGUCAGGGUUAGAGAAAGUGUAAGGUUAUCAUGUAUGCAGCAUCCCGUGGUUUUCCAGGGAUGUUAGCUAUUGCACUGCUUCAUCUUGCUGUACAGUAGGCAGAGACACUACUGGAAUAAAUGGAAUUCAUUGUAUAAUAA